AUGGAUUCGCAACGCUGUCAUCAUUGCGGCUCCAUAGGACACAAAAAAUUUGAUUGUACUGAGAGAUGUCGUGUUGGGUGCAAGUGGUGUGAUACUCCUCCAACUCGCAGACCACCUGCUGUUUCAAAAAUUAAUUUGGAUAAUCAGAGACAAAAUGGGUUAAAUUCUCAACGAAAUCUUGGAACGUUAUCAGGCGGUAGUGGUGGACAAGCCAAUAGUGUGCAAAUAGGCCAAAGUGUGCCUCAAAUAGGUCCUGCUGGUAUACCACUCGGUCCGGCAAACGUGCAAUUAGGUACUAGUGGUUUAUCACAUGGUCAAAAUGCUCUCCAAAUGAAUGGAACGAAUGUUCCAUUGGGUAGACCUCAAAAUGUCGGUCCUCUUUUACCGUCGAUUAUAAAUCCUUCAAUGAGGCCUUUAGCACCGCAACCUUUAGGAUCCGGAUGGCCUCUAAUACAACAGCAAGCUCAACAACCUUCACUUUUUGCACCACAUCAAGUUUCUCAUCAAGUUUCUCCACAACAAACUUUUUUUUUUCAGCCUACUACAAAUGUGAAUUUCGUACAAAAUACUCAAUCUGUUUCCCAGUUUCCACAAUCUCAAGUUCAACUUUUAAAUCCUGAUAAUUCAUCGAUUCAAUCAGUGCCUACAGUUUCUCUACCUCAACAAUUUUCUCAACAAUUUGUCCCUAAUAACUGGAAUAAUUUGAAUAAUCUGUCUAUACAACAAUCUCGGGUAGUUCCAUUUAAUGGAAUGCAAAUGGAUCAACAAGUUACAAGACUUCCCGGGCAACAGACUUCUGAUCUUAAUAAGUUACUUGCUCCAAAGUUCAAUCAACAUCAAUUUCCGACUUCAACUCCUGAUAAUACAAAUCAAUCUUCUUCAACAAUUUUGUCAACGAGUCAAUUACAAACUUCUUCAGCACAACCUUCUUGUUUAGACUCCAAAUUUCCUCAUGAUAUUUCACGCACUGAAAAACAAAGCAAUAAAGAUUCUGCUGACAGAGAAUCAAGGGACCUCGGAGAUACGUCUACUGAGAUAAAUAAUAAAUUGCAAAGAUUGAAAAAUCAAAUAGAACUUGGUAUUCAUUCGAAAGUUAGACCUCCUAAAUGGGUUAGCACUUCAAUUGAUCAAUUACCAUUUAAUAAUUUAGUACAAGAUAAUAAGCAAAGCUCUGAUUUAAGUAAUGGCAAGGACUUGACAAAAAAUUUAAAUGGAGAUCGUAAUAUAUUGAUCGCUAAAGAUAACAGUCAACUAGAUCAUUUUGUAGAAGUUAAAAUGGAAGAAACUGGAAUAAUGCAAAAUUUGAAAAGUCCCAUGUUGAACGAUGUAUCCAUGCCUUCGAAUAUAAUUCCUGCUGAAACGUCUCCUGAUAAUUUAUUUAGAGCACGAAGAGAUAAAUCUCCAAAUAGACCUUUAAAAGAUAUUUCUAUUCGUGAGAGAGCGAAUUCUCAUCCUUUAACAUCUUCAAUUGGAAAUGAGUCUCAAAGGUUUGAGAGAGAUCGUAGUAUUGCAACUUUUCAACGUAAUAAAAGUAGGUCUCUUAGUCCUGUACGAGAUGCCCGCGAAUAUGUUCGUGAUUAUCGCGAAUAUACAAGGUCUACUUCUCCUGGCAAAUACUGUGUUCGUUCUGUAUCAAGUUAUGAUGAUCGUUAUCAUUCGCGGCAUCCUGGACAUGAUUAUCGUGAUAAGUAUUACAUACGUCCUUCAGGAACUGAGUAUUCUGAAAAAUAUCCUCGUUCAAUGUCUUUAGCACCAUAUGAAGAAUAUUAUUCUAGAUAUAGUAGCGAUAAGCCCGAAGAUAGAGGGCAUUCAUAUAGAGACUACGAGCGUGAGCAAAUUUUAGUUCGACCACGAUCUCGAUCACCUUCAGUGUAUCAUCAGAGAGCUCCUUAUGAUGAUUAUUCACGGAGAAUAAAUAAUACUAAUGGAUGGUACGGUGAUGACCCAUAUAAUAGAGAUUAUCAAGUUCGAUCUGGUGCAUAUUACGAUUUAGUUCGGGAUGAGCGUUAUGAGCAUCGUGAUCGUGCGUACAGUGCUCGCCCUGAAGGUGAGAGAGGGUAUGGGGAAAGAGAGUAUGCAAGACCUAUGGAUUAUGAAUAUCCAUCGCGCAGGCGACCUGUGGAUCGCUGGUGA